GUUGAAAAAGCUUGACUGGCGUCAUUCAGGAGCUGGAUGGCGUGGGACAUGUGCAACCAGGACUCUGUAUGGAGUGACAUCGAGUGUGCUGCUCUGGUUGGUGAAGACCAGCCUCUUUGCCCAGAUCUUCCUGAACUUGAUCUUUCUGAACUAGAUGUGAAUGACUUGGAUACAGACAGCUUUCUGGGUGGACUCAAGUGGUGCAGUGACCAAUCAGAAAUAAUUUCCAAUCAGUACAACAAUGAGCCUUCCAACAUAUUUGAGAAGAUAGAUGAAGAGAAUGAGGCAAACUUGCUAGCAGUCCUCACAGAGACACUGGACAGUCUCCCUGUGGAUGAAGACGGAUUGCCCUCAUUUGAUGCGCUGACAGAUGGAGACGUGACCACUGACAACGAGGCUAGUCCUUCCUCCAUGCCUGACGGCACCCCUCCACCUCAGGAGGCAGAAGAACCGUCUCUACUUAAGAAGCUCUUACUGGCGCCAGCCAACACUCAGCUAAGUUAUAAUGAAUGCAGUGGUCUCAGUACCCAGAACCAUGCAAACCAUAAUCACAGGAUCAGAACAAACCCUGCAGUUGUUAAGACUGAGAAUUCAUGGAGCAAUAAAGCGAAGAGCAUUUGUCAACAGCAAAAGCCACAAAGACGUCCCUGCUCAGAGCUUCUCAAGUAUCUGACCACAAACGAUGACCCUCCUCACACCAAACCCUCAGAGAACAGGAACAGCAGCAGAGACAAAUGCACCUCCAAAAAGAAGUCCCACACACAAUCGCAGUCGCAACAUUUACAAGCCAAACCAACAACUUUAUCUCUUCCUCUGACCCCCGAGUCACCAAAUGACCCCAAGGGUUCCCCAUUUGAGAACAAGACUAUUGAACGAACCUUAAGUGUGGAACUCUCUGGAACUGCAGGCCUAACUCCACCCACAACUCCUCCUCAUAAAGCCAACCAAGAUAACCCUUUUAGGGCUUCUCCAAAGCUGAAGUCCUCUUGCAAGACUGUGGUGCCACCACCAUCAAAGAAGCCCCGGUACAGUGAGUCUUCUGGUACCCAAGGCAAUAACUCCACCAAGAAAGGGCCCGAGCAAUCCGAGUUGUAUGCGCAGCUCAGCAAGUCCUCAGUGCUCACCAGUGGACAUGAGGAAAGGAAGACCAAGCGGCCCAGUCUGCGGCUGUUUGGUGACCAUGACUACUGUCAAUCAAUUAAUUCCAAAACGGAAAUACGCAUUAAUAUAUCACAGGAGCUCCAAGACUCUCGACAACUAGUAUAUAAACAUGCCUCCUCUGAUUGGCAGGGGCAGAUUUGUUCUUCCACAGAUUCAGACCAGUGCUACCUGAGAGAGACUUUGGAGGCAAGCAAGCAGGUCUCUCCUAGCAGCACCAGAAAACAGCUCCAAGACCAGGAAAUCCGAGCCGAGCUGAACAAGCACUUCGGUCAUCCCAGUCAAGCUGUUUUUGAUGACGAAGCAGACAAGACCAGUGAACUGAGGGACAGUGAUUUCAGUAAUGAACAAUUCUCCAAACUACCUAUGUUUAUAAAUUCAGGACUAGCCAUGGAUGGCCUGUUUGAUGACAGCGAAGAUGAAAGUGAUAAACUAAGCUACCCUUGGGAUGGCACGCAAUCCUAUUCAUUGUUUGAUGUGUCGCCUUCUUGCUCUUCUUUUAACUCUCCAUGUAGAGAUUCCGUGUCACCACCCAAAUCCUUAUUUUCUCAAAGACCCCAAAGGAUGCGCUCUCGUUCAAGGUCUUUUUCUCGACACAGGUCGUGUUCUCGAUCACCAUAUUCCAGGUCAAGAUCAAGGUCCCCAGGCAGUAGAUCCUCUUCAAGAUCCUGCUACUACUACGAGUCAAGCCACUACAGACACUGCACGCACCGAAAUUCUCCCUUGUAUGUGAGAUCACGUUCAAGAUCGCCCUACAGCCGUAGGCCCAGGUAUGACAGCUACGAGGAAUAUCAGCACGAAAGGCUGAAGAGGGAAGAAUACCGCAAAGAGUAUGAGAAACGGGAGUCUGAAAGGGCCAAGCAAAGGGAGAGGCAGAGGCAGAAGGCAAUUGAAGAACGCCGUGUGAUUUAUGUUGGUAAAAUCAGACCUGACACAACACGGACAGAACUGAGGGACCGUUUUGAAGUUUUUGGUGAAAUUGAAGAGUGCACAGUAAAUCUGCGGGAUGAUGGAGACAGCUACGGUUUCAUUACCUACCGUUAUACCUGUGAUGCUUUUGCUGCUCUUGAAAAUGGAUACACUUUGCGCAGGUCAAAUGAAACUGACUUCGAGCUGUACUUUUGUGGACGCAAGCAAUUUUUCAAGUCUAACUAUGCAGACCUAGAUUCAAACUCAGAUGACUUUGACCCUGCUUCAACUAAGAGCAAGUAUGACUCUCUGGAUUUUGAUAGUUUACUGAAAGAAGCUCAGAGAAGCUUGCGCAGGUAACAUGUUCCCUGACUGAGGAUGACAGAGGGAUGGUGAAUACCUCACGGGACAGCGCGUCCUUCCCUAACAGACUAUUCCAAGUCAUACUUAGGAAUUUCUCCUACUUUACACUCUCUGUACAAAAGCAAAUUAAAAGAACAACAGUACAACAAGAACAACAACCACAACCAUGGUUUACAUGAACACAGCUGCUGAAGAGGCAAGAGACAGAAUGAUAUCCAGUAAGCACACGUUUAUUCAUGGGUGUCGGAUUUGCUUUCUCUGGAGUCUCUUAGUGAUGAUGUGUGUGCGUGUGUGUGUGUGUGUGUGUGUGUGUGUGCACAUGUGCACGCGUAUGUGUGCACGGGAACCUGGUUUGAGGGAAGUAUGUGCAUGCACUUGUGGAGACUGGGGGCACCCGAUCAGAAUGUGCAAGGGCAAAUCACUUCAAAUGGCAGCAGUUCCACGAAGACACACUUAGAACCUAGAACUUCAAAAUGUUCAUAUUCUAUUCAAAUGGAAAAAAAAAUACACAAAUUUAAAAGGAAAGAAAACUAACCAACCAACCACAAACCACCCUAAAAUGACAGCCGCUGAUGUCUGGGCAUUGGCCUCCUCUGUACUGUAUUUUUUAAGAAAGUGCAAAAUCAACUUGAAGCAAGCUCUCUCGUAACGUAGUGAUUAUAUGACAAUCCUGAAGAAACCACAGGUUCCAUAGAACUAAUAUCCUCUCUCUCUCUCUCUCUCUCUCUUUCCUCCCUUUUUUCUUUUGCCAUGGAAUCUGGGUGGGAGAGGAUACUGUGGGCACCAGAAUGCUAAACUUUCCUAACAUUUUGAAGUUUCUGUAGUUCGUCCUUUAUCCUGACACUCAUGUAUAUGUCCAAAAUGUUGAUCUUCCACCGCAAAUUUCAAAAGCCUUGUCGAUGGUCAAGCGUGCAGCUUGUUCAGCGGUUCUUUUUGAGGAGCGGACACGGUGUUACAUUACUAAUGAGAGUUGGGUAGAACUCUCUGGGAUGUGUUCAGAUAGUGUAAUUGCUACAUUCUCUGAUGUAGUUAAGUAUUUACAGAUGUUAAAUGGAGUAUUUUUAUUUUAUGUACAUACUAUACAAUGAUGUUCUUUUUUUGUUACAGCUAUGCACUGUAAAUGCAGCCUUCUUUUCAAAACUGCUAAAUUUUUCUUAAUCAAGAAUAUUCAAAUGUAAUUAUGAGGUGAAACGAUUAUUGUACACUAACAUAUUUAGAAGCUGAACUUACUGCUUAUAUAUAUUUGAUUGUAAAAAAAAAAAAAAAAAGACAGUGUGUGUGUCUGUUGAGUGCAACAAAACAAAACGAUGCUUUACGCAAUCCAUCCCGGCUUAGGUGAGCUUCUAUCUAAGCAUCUUGUCAAGAAAUAUCCUAGUCCCCUAAAGGUAUUAACCACUUCUGCGAUAUUUUUCCACAUUUUCUUGUUGCUUGUUUUUCUUUGAAGUUUUAUACACUGGAUUUGUUAGGGGAAUGAAAUUUUCUCAUCUAAAAUUUU